CUGUUGUCUCAGACCCGCGUGUGAGCGUCCCUUACUCCACUAUGUUGUCGGUAGAGUACACGUGUGUUUUAUGUUUUAUCUUACUGAAUGUGUAUUUUGUGUAUGUUUACUGGUUACAUGUGAUUGUCAUUCCGCUGAUCUUCAUUGUAUUGAGACUGACCAGACACACAUUCCGGCAGAAGCUUGACAUCGGCCGUAAAGUUGUUGUCAUCACAGGUUGUGAUACAGGAUUUGGUCACAUUCUUGCGAAGCGACUAUACGACAGAGGGUAUACAGUGUAUGCCGGGGUCCUCAGUAAGGAGAGUCCGGGGGCCGUUGUGUUACAGGCACGUCAAUCGGACCGGCUUCAUGUGAUCAAGCUUGAUGUCACGAAAGACGACGACGUCCAAAAGGCUCUUGAGCAUGUUAAUGCGAUUGGACAAGGAUUAUGGGCCAUUGUCAACAAUGCAGGAAUCUAUUUUUCUGGUGACGUCGAGUUAGCUACUGUGGAACAAUACAAGAAAUGUGCCGAGGUUAAUCUAUACGGCAUGAUCCGAGUCAUCAAGGCAUUCCUCCCACUUAUCAGGAAGUCUAAAGGUCGGAUUGUCAACAUGUCCAGCGUGAGGGGUCGGUUUUCCUGGCCAAGUUGUUCUGUGUACAGUGUUACCAAAUAUGGUAUAGAGACUCUGAGUGACUCUCUCAGACUUGAAAUGAAGAAGUAUGGUGUCAACGUCUCAAUUAUUGAACCUGGACAAUUUAGUGCAGCCACAUCUGUAUGUGGUCCAGAACAGCUGAAGCGAUUAAAGAAGGAGAUAGACUACAUGUGGGAACAGGCAUCUGACAACGUCAGACAGACCUACGGACGUCCAUACUUUGAUGCUAUCUACGAGAUGGUGAAGGAAAUAGAAACAAAUGUAGGCCGGACCAUGUCAGCAGAUCCAGUCAUUAACGCUAUAGAGGACUCCCUCAUUAACGUAACACCACAGGCCCGCUAUAUGAUAGGAGGCUCCUUCUCUAUCAUAGGACAAGCUAGUGGUGAGAUAAACACCAUCCAAUGUCUUAUUACAGCUGACUUUCUAUUCCGCACAACUGUACAUGCAAUUCUUUUUAAUCCAAAUGGAAAUGGACCAUAAAAGUUAUACGUCUUCCUGAAACUACAUGAUGUUAAUUGCAAUGUCAUGUGAUUUACAGAACGUAAUGCAGCAAAGUGAAUAACAGGCUUUAUGUUGUAAGUUAUAUGAUGGGUUAAUAGAAAACUACACUAUGUAAAAGGUUCUAAAAAUAAAAACUAUUUUACUUG